AUGGCAACAGCAUCACCAUUACCACAAUCUGCCUAUUUAACUUUGUUUGAGGAAAAUAACAAGCCCUCAAAGAAAUUCACAUUAAAAUCAAAUAAAUUCACUAUUGGAAGUGGUUUGGAAAACAGUCUUAGAAUUCAUUUACCUGGUGUAUCUACACUUCAUACUGUAAUCGAAUUGGAAAAUGGAAAUGCAAUCUUAUCCAAUGCAAGCAAGACCAAUCCAACUUUUUUAAAUGAGAAAAAAGUACAGAAACCAACUCAAUUGAAAGACGGUGAUAUCGUUUCGAUUCUUGGUAGAAAAUUCCAAUUCAAUACCUCGCAACUCAUCAGCACUCCAAAGACACCGAAACUCUCCAAAGUUCCAAUAAGUGAAAGAAAAAAGAUUCCACUUCAACCACUCGAUAAUAUUAUGGCAGAUAACAAUAGCAAUGCUGCUUCGCCUGCUGCCACCAAGAAGCCGUUGGUCGCACCAAGCACCGUCGCAAAGAUCAACGUCUCCAAAGGAACACAAUUGAUAAAGAAACAACAGCCAAUUAAAUUGUUUGCUGAGCCAACUCCUCAGAAGCAAACAAAGCGUGCCGCCACUCCCUACAAGAGAGUUCAAUUGGAAGAUUGUUCAUCCGAUGAAGAGGAUGAGCAUAUGGACAACAAUGAAAAUAAUAGCAACAACAGUCAAUUCAGUAGUGAUGAAGAUGACAACUCUGAGAAUUACAAUUAUGACAACAACGAUGUAAUGUCUACACCAGGCUCACAGUAUUCCACACCGACCAGCAUGUUCAAUGCCUCGUCGAGUAUGUCGCCACCAAACACUCCGUACUCUGUGUACUCGAAUAACUCGGCACUCUCUGCCAACUCCAAGACCACCAAGUCUGGUAGCAAGUCGACACCCGGCGUCGUUCAGUUUGACGUCGCCACACCGGCACCUUCCACAACCAAGCCAAUUCGUGGCAUCCUCAAGACCCCACGUCCAAAGCCAUACGAAAUGACACCGGAAGGUACACUCGCCAUGUCCACCUUUAUGAACUCGACUUCCAACGUUGACGGUACCAUCCCAUUCCACCUCACUCAAAGUGUUCUCCAAUACCAACAACCACAACAAACACCAGCCAGACAACAAGUUACUACUGCAAAGACACCGAUUUCCAUCCUCAAGUCAUCGAUUGCCAAAGUAGAUCAACAACAACAACCAAACACUACCACUCCAAACAAGAAGGGAAUCAAGAUUGCAGCCAACAAUCACACAUUGGAGUUCAAAAAGAAUGAAGUAAUCUUGUCCACUCCAGCCAAACGUCUCAGUACCAACAACUCUCCAAUGUCCACUGAUGAUCUUGAAAUGGAAGAAGAACCAGUUGUUGUUGCUAGUGAAGAACAAGAACAACAACAACUUGAGGAGAUGGAGGAAGAACAAGAGGAAGAGACUACCACUUCAACAAAGAAUAAGAAGAACAAGAAGAAGAAGAACAACAAGAAAGCUCAGCCACUUGUUAUUGUUCCAAGACAUACUCCAGACGAGAAGAAUCAAAACAAGCCAAAUACAUUCAAUCGUAUUGAUGGAUCUUUGAUUUCUCCAGCUGCCACUCCAGUCGUCGCCACUAGAACUUCAGAUCCAUUGGUGAAGCGUACCGUUCGUGAGCAAAUCAGAUCCACCGAUGCUGAUAUUGUCACAUUCGAUGACUCUUUUGCCAGUGACUACAGUAUCUUUACACCAGCCGCAAGUCGUCGUGCCUCCACACUGUCCAACAAGAACUCACCCAUUUUCACACCACAACGCUUGUCCUUGCCCACAUCCGCUGGUACCCCACUGUCCAGACAAUCCACACCAAACUCUGCUCGUAAAUCUCUGUUCGAAUCGAUCUCAUCUGCCAUUUCUUCUCUCUCCAAUUCUUCAACACCAAACAAAAGACAACAAGUCGAAGAAGAAGAAGAAGUCGAAGAGGAAGAAGAUGUUAUGAUGGAAGAUGAGUUGGAAGAAGAAGAAGAAGACGAAUAUUACUCUGCUAAUGACAGUAUCUAUACUGAGAAUCAAGAAGAAGUAGAGGAGCAAGAAGAGUUAGAAGAGCAAGAAGAGUUGGAGGAGUUGGAAGAAGAAGAAGAAAUUGAAGAGGAGGAGGAAGUUGACGGUGUGUCUUACGAAGGAGUCGAAGAAGCCGAUGAAGAAGAGGAAGUCGACGAAGAGUUUGAAGAUGCUCAAGAGAAUAACUAUGCUGAUGUAGAGUUUGACACCGAUAAUCAUUUUGCUUCAAGUGCUUCCGAUGAGCAAGAUCAAGAGGAAGUAGAAGAGGAAGAAGAAGACGACGAUGAGUUGUACGUAGAAGAAGCUGAUGAAGAAACUGAAACCGAUCAACUCGAAGGUGAACAAGUCAAUGCCGAAAUUUCUCAGCUUGCCGAAGAAGAGAUCAUUUCUGAAAUUGCUGAUUUGGCUGAAGAAGCAGCAGAGUAUUUGGAAGAGGAGUUGGAACUUCAAGAAGAUGAGGAACUUGAAUUGGCCGAAGAGGAAGCUGAGGAAGAAGAGGAAGAAGUAGAGGAAGAUCUCGAAGAGAACCUUGAAACUGCUGAUCCUAUUGAAUUCCACCAAGACGAAUUGGAGUUGGCUCAUGCAUUGGACGCUGAGAAUGCCGAGGCUGAACUGGCCGAAGACGAGUUGGAAGAAGAACUCGAAGAAACAGAGUUGGCUGAGGAAGAGGUUGACGAAGAACAAGAUGCUUCGAACUUGGUCGAGCAAGACGAUGACGAGACCGACGAAGACCAAGAGGAGCCAGACUUUGAUGCACUCGAGUAUGCAGAGGACUACGAAGAAGAAGAAGAAGAAGAUAUAGGAGAACUCGAAGAAUUCGAAGAAGCCGACCAAUACCCAGAGGAAGAGGCAGACUCUGAUGCGCUUGAACUUGAAGACGAGUUCAAUGCCGAUGAAGAGUUGGUUCAAGACGACGCUGACGAAUUGGAUGCCGACAAUCAAGAGGACAUCAUGGAUGGUGUUGAAUACGAAGAGGAGUUGAAGGAAGAUGACUCUGAAGAAGAAGAAGAGGAAGAGGAAGAGGAGGAGGAGGAGGAGAAUGUUGAUGAUAUUCAGAUGGAUGACGAGCAUUACAUUCAAGAGUUUGAUGAAGUUCCAUUUGAAGAUGAAGUGGCGGAAGAGGAAGAAGAGGAGGAGGCAAACAUUCAAAAUGUUGUUCAAACCCCUGUAAAAUCCUCCACUCCAGUCAAGUCUCAAACACCAGCUAAGAUUCAGACACCACUCAAGACUCAAACGCCAGUCAAGUCUCAAACCCCAGCCAAGGUUGAGCAAACUCCACUCAAGACUCAAACACCAGUCAAGACUCAGACACCAGUCAAGACUCAAACACCAGCCAAGGUUGCUCAGACACCAAUCAAGGUUGAGCAAACACCACUCAAGUCUCAAACACCAGCCAAGUCUCAAACACCAGCCAAGACUGCCCAAACCCCAGCCAAGGUCGAACAAACACCAAUUAAGACUCAAACACCAAUUAAGGUUCAAACACCAGCCAAGACUCAGACACCAGUCAAGACUCAAACACCAGCCAAGACUCAGACACCAGUUAAAGUUGAAAGUCCAGUUGUCACUUCACAAAGUUCCACACCAAUUUCCGAUCCAAAGAAGCGUAAGAGUAUUUCAAUGAGUGAUUUGUUCACUGACUCUGCUGUCAAACCAAGAAAAUCAUUGGCCACAACACCCAGCACUGAAACUCCUUCUGCCAUGCGUUCUUUGAGAAGAAGCUUUGUUUCUACCAUUGACAGUUUCGAUCCAGAUUUAGUCCACUCUGUCUCAUCCAGACCACAGAUUCCACAACAAGAUGACUCCAAUCUCGAGAAGGAAUUCGAAUCUGAAUUGACCAUCGAGGAGCAACCAGCCGAAGUCGAGCAACCAACUCCAUCAAAAUCAAAGAGAUCAAAGCGUGCCAAGAAAUCUGUAGUCGAAGAAGAACCACAAUUCACUGAGGAGCAUGUUGAUGAACCAAUGAUUGAGGAGACUUCAGCAGAUGUUGUUGAGGAAGAAGUACAAGAAGAGGUUGUUCCAGAGCCAACACCAAAGAAGUCCAAGAGAUCCAAGACCAAGGCAAAGCGUAAUCAAGAACCAGAGCCAGUCGUUGAAGAAAAACCAGAGCCAGUCGUCGAAGAGGUAGUUCCAGAGCCAACAACAAAGAAGUCGAGAAGAUCAAAGAAAGAGAAAGUUGUCGAGACUCCAGUUGAAGAGGAGGAACCACAACCAGUUGUAGAGGAAGCAGUCCCAGAACCAACAACAAAGAAGUCCAGAAGAUCAAAGAAGACUGUUGAGCCGGUUGUUGAAGAAGAACCCGAGCCAGUCGUCGAAGAGGUAGUUCAAGAGCCAACAACAAAGAAGUCGAGAAGAUCAAAGAAGACAGUUGAACAAGUCGUCGAAGAGGAGCCUGAGCCAGUCGUCGAAGAGGUAGUUCAAGAGCCAACAACAAAGAAGUCGAGAAGAUCAAAGAAAACUGUUGAACCAGUCGUCGAAGAGGAAGUAGCGAAAGUUGAGGAAGUCAAGCCAACCAAAAAGUCAUCAAAGAAGAGAGCUGCCGUUGAGGAACCAGUUGUCGUCGAAGCCGAAGAAGAAGUAGUGGAGGAAGUCAAGCCAACCAAAUCUUCAAGAACCAAGUCAUCAAAGAAAGAACAACCGGAAGUUGUUGAGCAAGAGGAGAAACCAUCCAAGAGAUCAAAGUCUUCGAAAUCAUCAAAGAAGGAACAACCAGUCGUUGAUGAAGCUGAGCAAGAACAAGCACAAGUUGAGGAAGUUGCAGCCAAGUCUUCCAGAACCAAGUCUUCUAAAUCAAAGAAAGCUGUUGUUGCUGAGCCAGUAGUUGAAGAGGUCGUUGAGGAAGUCAAGUCGACCAAGUCUUCAAAAUCAAAGACAUCAUCAAAGUCCAAGAAGGAACCAGUCGUCGAGGAUGAAGAAAUGGAACAAGAGGAAGUUCAAACCAAGCCAGCCAGUAAAUCAUCUUCAAGAUCAAAGUCAUCAUCAAAGUCAAAGAAACAACAAGAGGAAGUAGAAGAAGUAGAACAAGAGGAAGAGGAGAAAUCAACAAAGAAAGGAAAGAGAUCAACUACCUCUGCUCCAAUCGAAGAAGAGAAACCAAAGAAGAAAUCAAGAGCAAAGUAUCAUUACUAA